AUGGCAGCCGCCGCUCCUCCUCGCGGCCUUGCGCCCAACGCGUCACUACCCGCCAAGGUCGCGACGAUCUCUCCGAACCAGACACUCUACGUAACGAACCUUCCGUCCAACAAGAUCCAGAAGCAAGACCUGCGAACCGAACUCUACCUGCUCUUCUCGACUUACGGCCCCGUUCUCGACAUUGUUGCCUUGAAGACAAUGAAGAUGCGAGGGCAAGCGCACAUCACCUUUCGCGAUGUACAAACAGCAACUCAAGCCAUGCGCUCGCUCGAAGGCUUCGAGUUUCUCGGCCGCCCUCUGACUAUCCAGUACGCCAAGUCAAAGUCCGACUUCGUUGCCAAGCUGGACGGCACGUACAAGAUGCCGAAUUCGACGGCUGGUGCUUCUAGUACCGAGGUGACGGACCUCCAGAAGAGCAUCUUCAACGCCCCAGCACCCGGUACGGCGUCAGGAAGCGUCGCGCCAGGAAGCGCUGCGGCGAAGCCCUCGGCCUCGGGCGACCAGCCCAUGGGCGAUGCACAGGCAUCGGAUGCGAGGGGCCAGAAGCGGACGAGAGACGAGGAAGAAGACGAGGACAGUGACGUUGCCAUGGAAGAGGACAGCGACGACGAUUGA